AUCCCGACCAGCAGAAGCCUGGCAGACCAAACUGAGGGUAAUAAAUGCACGGGUCACCACGUGACGCCGUACGUCAGCACGACACCAGGAAGUGAUAGUCAGUACGUGGCCUUUCCAUCUUGGACCGUAAACCCAGGAGCUCCACUUCAUCACAAAAUGGAACUCGAGGCCAUGACCAGAUACACCAGCCCGGUGAACCCGGCUGUGUUCCCCCACCUCACGGUGGUCCUGCUGGCCAUCGGCAUGUUCUUCACCGCCUGGUUCUUCGUCUAUGAGGUGACUUCAACAAAAUACACCAGGGACGUCUACAAAGAGCUGCUGAUCUCCCUCGUCGCUUCACUUUUCAUGGGCUUCGGAGUGCUGUUCCUGCUACUUUGGGUUGGAAUAUACGUUUGAAGCUUUGGGUGACUGACUUAUAAUAUGACACAUUCCAGUCGAACAAAGGACAUCACACACAACACCAACUGGAUUCUGUACUCAAUUGGACUGCACUGACAAUAUUUUGAGAUUGUAUGGAGUCUGGUUUUGUUUUCACAAUUAAAGAUGAUUUGUACAACC